AUGAUUACAGACGAUCAAUUAAACUUAAUUGUUAUCACAUUUGGAAUGUCCUCAAUGAUUUUGAUUCUUAUAUAUCAUGCAAUUUCCACCAACAUGAAAAAUUUGAAGACUAGCUCUUGA